AUGCACCAUGCGAAGACAGACUCCGAGGUCACAAGCCUGGACGCGUCGUCCACCACAAGGUCUCCUCGUCGAGCAGUGUACUACGUUCAGAGCCCUUCCCAUGAUGGCGAGAAAACGACGACGUCGUUGCAUUCAACGCCUGUGCUCAGCCCCAUGGGUUCUCCUCCUCACUCGCACUCUUCCUCCAGCCGUUUCUCCGGUUCCAGAAAGAUCAACAACCACCACCAUCGCAACCACAAGCUACCGUGGAACAAGGACAUCGACGUCAUCGAAGAAGAAGGUCUUCUCCAAACCGAAGAUCGCCACCGCGCUCUCUCUCGCCGAUACUAUUUCCUCGCCUUCGUUCUGGGCUUCUUCCUCCUCUUCUCUCUCUUCGCUCUCAUCCUCUGGGGCGCCAGCAGACCCAUGAAGCCCAAUGUCCUCAUCAAGAGCAUAAAAUUCGACCAUCUCAGAGUUCAAGCCGGUUCCGAUUCCACCGGCGUAGCCACCGACAUGAUCACCGUGAAUUCCACCGUCAAAUUCACUUUUCGAAACACUGGAACAUUCUUCGGAGUCCACGUCACAUCCACUCCUUUGGAUCUGUCCUAUUCAGAAAUUGUGAUUGCCACUGGAAAUUUGAAGAAGUUUUAUCAGUCAAGGAAGAGUCAGAGACUAGUGAGUGUGACAGUGAUGGGAAACAAGAUCCCUCUGUAUGGAAGUGGUGCUAGCUUGAGCAGCUCAACGGGGAUGCCUACGGUGCCUGUGCGAUUGAAACUGAGCUUUGUGAUUCGAUCCAGAGCUUACGUGCUUGGGAGAUUGGUGAAGCCAAAGUACUACAAGAGGGUUGAAUGUUCCAUCAGUUUGGAUCCCGAGAAGAUCAAUGUUUCACUUUCCCUCAAGCAUUCUUGCACCUAUGAUUGA